UCUUGCUCCUCAUCCUCUCCUCCUCUCAUCCUUUUUGUUUCUUUCCCAUCAAUCUUCUUUCUCUCCUUCAUACCCUCUUUAUACCUGAUUCACUCCCUCGUUGGAAUCGGGUUUCUAUCCAACCCUAUCAUCACUCCAUUCGUUGGAAUCACAUACUCUCUUUUGUACUUCAUACCAACUCCAAUCGUUCAAUAUGCACCUCAAAUCCGCCGUCGCCCUCGCCCUCACCUUGGUCUCCGCCGAAGCCGUCCACCAAGGCUUCAACUAUGGCGCCGCCAAGGUCGACGGCAGCAGCAAGGUCGAAUCCGACUUUGCCGCCGAAUUCAAGACCGCCAAGAACCUCGUCGGCACCUCCGGCUUCACCAGUGCCCGCCUCUACACCAUGAUCCAAGGCGGCACCGCCAACGAUCCCAUCUCCGCCAUCCCCGCCGCCAUCGCCGAGGAGACCUCCCUCCUGCUGGGUCUCUGGGCCUCCGGCGGCGGCAUGGAUAACGAGAUCGCCGCGCUCAAGAAGGCCAUCGACCAGUACGGCGACGCCUUCACCAAGCUCGUCGUCGGCAUCUCCGUCGGCAGCGAGGACCUCUACCGCAACUCCGUCGACGGCGUCAAGGCCCACGCUGGCAUCGGCAUCAACCCCGACGAACUCGUCUCCUACAUCGACCAGGUCCGCUCCACCAUCUCCGGCACCUCCCUCAGCGACGCUACCAUCGGUCACGUCGACACCUGGACCGCCUGGGUCAACGGCACCAACUCCGCCGUCAUCGAAGCCUGCGACUGGCUCGGCUUCGACGGCUACCCUUACUUCCAGAACACCAUGCCCAACAGCAUCGAGGACGCCAAGGCUCUCUUCGACGAGUCCGUCGCCAAGACCAAGGCCGCCGCCGGGGGCAAGGAGGUCUGGAUCACCGAGACUGGCUGGCCCGUCAGCGGCAAGACCGAGAACCUGGCUGUCGCCAACACGGAGAAUGCCAAGAUCUACUGGGACGAGGUUGGCUGCCCUCUGUUCGGUAAUGUCAACACCUGGUGGUAUAUCCUGGAGGAUGCCGGUUCCAGCCCUAGCUUCGGUGUCACCGGUGCCGAUCUGAGCACUACUCCUUUGUAUGAUCUCAGCUGCAAGGGCGGUUCAUCUUCGUCUUCUGCCAGCGCUUCUGGCUCUAGUGCCUCUGCGGUCGCUUCUGCCGGUGCUGCCGGUGCCUCUUCCGGUGCCUCGACUGGCUCUGGCUCUGGCUCUGGCUCUGGCUCCAGCUCCGGCUCUGGCUCUGCUGGAGUCGCGGCUGACUCCUCUGGUCAGUCUGCUGGUUCGUCCGAGGGCUCGUCGGGUGCCUCUUCUGGCCAGUUCGCUGGUUCGUCCGCUGGCUCUGCUGGCUCUGGCUCUUCUUCUGGCUCUGAGCAGGCUGCUGGCUCUGCCGACCAGUCCGCUGGCUCGUCCACUGGCUCCGGUUCUUCUUCUGGCUCUGCUGAACAGGCCGCUGGCUCUACUGGCGCUGACUCUACCGGCUCGUCCGCUGGCUCAUCCACUGGCUCUGGUUCCUCGUCUGGCUCUGCUGAACAGGCUGCUGGCUCUACUGGCGCCGGCUCCUCUUCCGGCUCCGCCGACCAAUCCACUGGCUCCUCUGCUGGCUCUACCGGUUCGGCCUCUGGCUCUGACCAGUCUACUGGCUCGUCCACCGGCGCGUCCGCUGGUUCGUCUGGCUCAUCCACUGGUUCGUCCGCUGGUGCCGUCGGUUCUUCCGGUGCCUCCUCUGGUUCAUCCACUGGCGCCGCCGGCUCCGGUUCCUCGGGCUCGGGCUCCUCAGCCGGAACCUCCCGAGUGUCCUCCUCAGCCGUCAUCCCCAGCACCCAGACUACCGCCCACCCCGGCCGCCCCAACGUCCCCGUCAGCUCCGGUGUCUCUCGCGCCCCCACGCUCGCGUCCGCGCGCGCCUCCUCCAUCGUCGUCUCGUCCACCAAGGCAGCCGUCUCCUCUCACCCCACCUCCGGCAGCGAGUCCUCUGAAGGCUCUGGCUCCGGCGUUGGCUCCGGCAAGUCCGAGGGCUCCGCCUCGUCGUCGGCUUCCGUGCCGCUCGCUACUAGCGGUGCUACCCAGCUGACUGGGUCGGUGUUUGGCAUUGUUGUGCUGAUGUUUGCUGUUGUUGUGGCGGUCUAAUUUUGCCUCCUUCCUUCCUUACCUUACUUGAUCCUAUCCAUACUACUCCUACUGUACUACUACUGUGGUGGAAAGAGAUUCGGGGCGUUUUGAGAUCCUUUUGAUUAUUACUAUUUUUCUUCUCACUUGUCUUUUAGAUUAGAAGUUAGGAUCCUAUUAUAUGGUAAAUUGUCGUUCGUUUAGAUUGGUUAUUAAUUCUGGUUUAAUAAUUUGUA